AUGGCAACUUGUCUGCGUUACCCGGGAAAGGUGGUGAUCGUGACGGGGGGCACCUCUGGCAUUGGUCUGGCCACCGUGAAAGAGUUUGUUCGCCAAGGAGCCAAGGUGGUCUUCUGUUCAAAACAAUCUCAAGUGGAAAGGGGACGAGCCAUUGAGAGGGACCUGCAGUGUUCUGGGUGCCCAGGGGAAGCUUGCUUCCAGGUCUGUGAUGUCCGCAAGGAGGCUGACAUUAAGAGGUUGAUUCUGGUAACUGUCGAACGUUAUGGAUGCCUGGACUGCCUGGUGAACAGCGCUGGAGAUGGUCAUGCUGAAGAGGUAGAUGACGUGACUGCCCAGGACUUCCGCAGCCUCAUGGAACUCAACGUUGUGAGCAAAGUGUUAGCAUCAAAGUAUGCACUGCCCUACCUGUGGGAAAUGAGAGGAAACAUCAUCAACAUUGGCUGUGAUGCUGGUAUUUUUGGGAUGAAGAAUACUGUGUCGUUCACCUCAACCAUGGGUGCUAUUAUAGCAAUGACCAAAGCCCUGGCCAUAGAUGAGAGCAAAUACAAAGUACGAGUCAACUGCAUCUCACAUGGUAAUGUCUGGGCUCCUUUGUGGGAAAGGCAUGCAAAUCAGUUCCUGAAUCCAGAGGCUGUAAUCCAGGAAGGCAAAAGUUUUGAGCUAAUGGGAUGUUUGGGAACCCCAGAAGAAGUGGCUUUGGCUGCCCUUUUCCUUGCCACUGAUGGAACUUUCUGCACUGGUUUCGACCUUACGAUCAGUGGUGGUGCUGAAGUUGGCUUUGGGGUGAAGAACCAGGUGGAUCUUGAGCCUGGCCAGUGUCCAAGCGGGUAUUCACAGGGCUCUUCUGUCAAGCAAUAA